AUGGCCGCCUUCGUGCGAGUGUCGGGGCCGCCGAAUGGCAACUUUCUGAUCGGAUAUCCAGGUAUAUCCGCAACCAUGCCUCGCAUCGAAGGCAAAGUUGAGAUCAGACCUAGUGUCGGCAUUACGGCUCCCGUCAAUAUAUCCCUCGUUACCAUUUACCUCCAACGUCGUGAGACAAUACACCCUUCGGCGGAUUCCGUUACUAAGAAACACCUGGCCCCUCCUCGGAAAGAGACUACAGAUCUCGUGGGCAAGGAGAUGCUGCUUUUUCGCUGCCCUGCCGGUCGAGAAUACGAGGAGGUCAUUUCUAUGGACCUGCCUUUCGUCCUUUUCAUCCCCUUCGGGCGCGGUGGGCAAGAUGCGUCUCGGCGAGUCCCCCCGGCGAGUUUACAGCUUCCGAGUCGAACGGCGGAGACAUACUACGAGAUUGUGGUGACGGUCCAACAAGGACAUUCAGAUCAGAGAAAACACAUGUUUCCAGUGCCAAUCGCACGCUACGAUACACUCUCUACAUUUGGGAUGUAUAACCGUCCCGAGGCAGCAGAACGGGUAUCGGAUCACUUAGUCACUCUGGGCAUCUCAUUACCCCGAUGGUCCUAUGGCCCACUUGACCCAGUGAGUGUCUACGUCAAACUAUCGCCAAACCCGGAUUGGAUGAGCAAAGCUCGAAAGGUUACAAUAAGCAAGAUCACUAUUGGUAUCGACGAAGAAAUUAUAUAUAAUCACCAGGGUGAUGAACCGCAGAGGAAAGUGAAAACCUUAACAAAGCGAACUGAGCAUAUUGGAAUGAAGCUGCCACCGUCCGGCUUCCUAACAAACCUCGGCUUAGUAUUUCCAGCGAAGGAUAUGCGAGAUGCCGAGGGAAUACUUCCCAGAGGGAAACCUGCUUUUCCGAUGUAUGCAGUGAGCGGGUUCACGACCACCGCAAGCCUUUAUAAGAUUGAGUACUACUUAACGGUAAAGGCCCACUUGACAUCUGCAAGGGAUAUUGUUAUUCGACAGCCAAUAGUAGUUUGCCCUCUUGAUCAUGCCGGGUGUAAAGAAGAAAUGGAGGCUAUUGAGCAGGCCGCUCGAGAUGCUGUCCAUGUGAACCCAGAUAACCCCAUGCUGCCCUUACCCUCGAUAAUACGACCCAGUGACCCUAACGCUCUUCGUCAUCUCGGAGUAGCCAUUGUCGGUAACCAGAAGAAGCCUUUGAUCGAUUGA